AUGAGUGACCCCUCACCCGUCGUCGUCCACGCAGCGGCGCUCACUUUUGACGACGAUGCCGGCGCCCUGCGACCCUGCCUCCUCGCCAACGAGGACCGCGAGAUUCCCGCCCUGAAACCCGACCAGAUCGUCGCCAUCCUACGGGCGUCACCGAGCGCCGAUUCCGUCAUCAUCGGGCUCCUCGAAGACGCCGAUGACACGUCGGCCCCGUUCCAGCUCGUCACCCUCCAGACGCCCGCCGCCAUCCCCACACAGCUCGUCUCAGUGCCGCGCGUCGCGCAGCUGCCGACCCAUCUCGCCCGUGGUGGUACCGUCGGCGGCGUCGUCGACUAUGUACUCUCCACCAAGGCGGGCACGGGGCGCGCCGUGCCCUUUUGGGAGACGGUCCUACAGCCGCUCCUGGCCGUGACCGCCGAGGCGCUCACGCAGGAGACGCAACCGGACAGCGUCGUGGUAACGGACAGCGACGACAGUGUCCGCGGGUACGCACGUGCGGAACACGCGGGGACAGUGCCGCGCACCAUUGUGCUGCUCAGCGGCGACGGCGGCGUCGUGGACCUGCUCAACUCGUCAGCGCCCGCGGCGGCCGAGAAGAACGACAGCACGCCCCUUCCUACGAUUGUCCUGAUUCCACUAGGCACGGGCAACGCGCUCUUUAACUCGCUGCACAAGCCCCUCUUCACGGGUCCCUCGGAGCUUGUCCUCGCGCUACGCACGCUUUUGACUGGCGUCGCGGCGCCGCUGCCUACGUUUCACGCCUCGUUUCCGCCCGGCUCGCGCAUCGUCAAAUACAUGAGCCUCGACACAUCUAAAGGUGACGCGCAAACGCCCGAUGACGUCGCCGCCGCGGAAAAGCAGCUCCAUCGCCAAGAGACGGACGUUGUCGCGCUGCACGGCAGCAUCGUCGCGAGCUACGGCUUCCACGCCAGCAUCGUCUACGAGAGCGACACGCCCGCCUACCGUGUGCACGGCGCCGCGCGCUUCGGCAUGGUCGCACAGGAGCUCCUCAAGGAAUCCCACCCGUAUGCCGCCCAAGUAUCCGUCCGGCGUCCAGGUGCCAACGACCUGGAGCGCAUCCCGCGCGACGUGCAUGCCUACGUGCUCGCCGCGCUCGUUUCCAACCUCGAGCGCACCUUUACCAUUUCGCCCGCGAGCCGGCCGCUGGACGGGCAGCUGCGGCUGGUGCACUUUGCGCCGCUCGGCCCGGCACGCACUAUGGAGGCCAUGAUGCGCGCGUACGACGGUGGCAAGCACGUCGAGGCCGCGUGGGAUGACGGCCUGCGUGUGCACUACGACGACGUGGACGAGCUGACUAUUCGCGUCGACGAUGAGGACGAGCGCUGGCGCAAGGUCUGUGUCGACGGCACGAUUGUGGAUGUUCCCCGGGGCGGCACGGUGCGUGUGCAGAGAGACGAAACGAGCCGGUUCAAAAUUGUGGUAGACGCGGGCGUGCUGUAG